AUGGCGACGAUUCCAAAAAGGCAGAGAAAGCUAACGAUAGGUGGUCGAAAACUGAUCUACUUGCUGUUGGCGGCCCUGAUCUACCUUGUGCUUUACCAUUUCCCACCUCCGCCAAAGACCAAGAACAAUACCAGUUCGAAUAGAAAAGCCCCCGAAUAUGAUGUGGACACUACUCCGCGAUUUCUGCAUCUCUCCUCCUUUUGUGAGGACCCUGAUUCAGAAUACGAGAAGAGGAUAUUGGAUGCCCUGCUAGAGAUAGAGAGAAACGCUCUCCGCGAAAGAAACUGGGAUACCUCCGCAGAAGAUCGAAUCUGGCAAGUUGCGCUGUGUAAAUACAUCGAGCGAGAAUCGGAUUCAUUAGAGUUUGAGCAAGAAAAUAGAGGAUGGAAGUAUACACUGGUGGAUGACAAAAAAGCAUCCAAAUUCAUCACCGAGAUCUUCUCGAGCGUGCCAGAUCUCAAGAAGCUGUAUGAUUCUUACCCGUACCAUGUGAUACGCUCGGACCUGAUCCGAUAUCUGAUUCUGUGGUACUACGGCGGCUUCUACGCAGACAUAGACGUUUACCCUGCCCGCGUUAUCAAGGAAUGCCCGGCGUUAGAGCCGCUCUGGGAAGAUGGACCCAAAAGCCUGAAUGUUUCUCUGGUGGUAGGCACUGAAAUUGACGAGCCACAUGCCUCCCCACGCCUCAUGCGCGAGUGGCACUGGAUCAGACGCUACCAGUUGAUCCAGUACACUAUGUAUGCGCCACGACGCUUUAGCCCAAUACUCCGGGAGAGCAACCUCCUGCGCGGGCCACGCUACAAGGAAAACACGAUUCUGGAGGUCACCGGACCUGGAGUAUUUACCGAUGCUGUUCUGGAUGUACUGUCUCAGACGCUGCCCCCGACUCACAGCUUGGUGGAAUCGUCUGUGAAUGCGGAUGUGGACAUUGGAGAUCUCGUUUUGCCUUCCACUGGGGUGGCUCAAAGGCGAGUGACGUGGGCCCCGUUCAACAGAAUCAAAGAGCCGGUCUGUGUGGACGCCUCAGAAGCCAUGGAUGGAAAGUCCAUGGGGGGCGUCUGCGUCCUGCCUGUGAAUGUAUGGGGGAAUGGACAAAGACACAGUGGUGCCGAGGGUUUCAGCAGUAAACAUGCAUGCAUCAACCAUCGCUUUGGGAGAACCUGGAGGAAGGGCUGGAUGGAAUAUUUCUUUGGGUAA